AGCGUAUCUGUGUCGGACAGGAAGACCGCACUCUGUUUUGCUUCAUGCGCUCUUUUCAUGACUGUAGUUGUAUGGACUCAUUUCCGCGUUUACAUGUCAACCCAAUAGCUUUUUAUAUACAUAGGUGAAAUUGUCUUUUGCUCUGCCGUUGUAAAUCUUAUAUGGCAUAUUUAUUGUCCGACAACUCCACACCAGUGUUUGGUGUUGGAAUUGCUGUGUUGUCUAGUUUCAUCAAUGGCUCUACAUUUGUGCUUCAGAAAAAGGGAAUUUUACGUGCCCGUGAAAGAGGGGGGUCCUAUUUAGCAGAUGUUGUGUGGUGGAGCGGCACACUUGCAACUGUGGUGGGUCAGGUGGGAAAUUUUGUGGCGUACAAUGCCGCCCCUGCAGUAUUGGUCACCCCUCUCGGAGCUCUUGGGGUGCUUUUUGGGGCAACCCUUGCCUCCUGCAUUCUCAAGGAGCACCUAAACAUCCUGGGAAAACUUGGCUGCGCACUUUGCUGCUGUGGUUCUGUAGUACUCAUCAUCCACUCUCCAAAAUCUGAUAAUGUGACAUCAAGAACCGAGUUAGAGGAGAGGCUGGUGGAUCCUGUGGUCUUGGUGUACAUCACAUUGGUUGUCCUUCUGCUGGUCAUCUUGAUUGGGUGGUUGGCCCCAGCCUACGGAUCGUCCAACAUAAUGGUGUACGUCAGCAUCUGUUCCCUCUUGGGGAGUUUCACAGUGCCCUGCUGCAAAGGCCUUGGUCUGGCUGCUCAAGAUGCCUUUGAUGGGAGCUCUGUAGCCAGCAACAGGGCUGUCGUGCUCUUCUUAGGCUUAUUGGGCACUCUUAUAGUCAGCAUCCUAAUUCAGUUCACUUUCAUCAACAGAGCCCUUGAAAGAUUUAGCUCCCAUAUGUUUGAGGCCCUUUAUUAUGUGACAUUCACUUCCACAGUGAUUUUGGCGUCUGCCAUUCUCUUCAGGGAGUGGACAUCGGUCAGCAUUGUGGACUGUCUGGGCAUGCUUUGUGGUCUAACCACCGUGUCUAUAGGGGUUGCGCUGCUGCGCAUCUCCCAAGAUGCUUUGCUCACCUGGAAACAAACGAAAAUGCGUGAAAAGGUUGAGUGAUUCAUGGUCACAGAAGUUGUUCUUGAUGUAAUGGUAAUGCAGAGUCCUGGGUAUUCCAAAGGACCUGUGCCAUAAUGUUUUCAUAUUCAUUUUUGUAUUUAAGAACUCCCAAAAUAACUGUAAUUUGGUUGACAAUACAUAGAUAACUACAUUUAUUUUGUGUGUGACAUUUCAGUGUAUCACAGGGUGCUGCAAAUAUUACUUUGAUAUUUUUGUAAUUAUGCUGUGCAUAUACAACAUGUAUUAAUUCAUUAAUACAAGCCAAUAUGAUUGCA